UGGUGAUAAGGUUUUCAAAUCGAGCGUUAUCAUUUAUCUGAUUGGCUGCUGUGUUUUGUGCUGACCCACCGUUUGAUUCUAAGUGCUUACGGUCUGUCCUUGUAUUCUUAAAGCUCUUCCUUUGCGUUGAAGUGAUCAGGGGUGUUUCUGAUCUUCGAUGACUCGGGAUUACCAAUGCCAGAUAACAAAUGUGACGAAUCAUUUGCUAAGAAUAACAGCAAUACUGCGACAUUUACUCGUCCUUUGCAUGUAAUUACACAAUACUCGAGAGCGGAUGUUUCUGACGUGCAUUCACUUGAUCUCAAGAGCUGUUCCUUGUCACUUCGUAAUGUUGUAUCCCAAGAAGUUUGCUACCAACCUUGGACCGUUCGAGCUGUGGAUACAUCGGAGUUUGAGAAGCUCCUAGAACAUCUUGGUAACAAUGGCUCUACACCAGUGACUCCGACCAGUUUUUUGAACCCGAACAACAUAACAGAAGAUCAGGAGUUGUUUGCAGAGUGA